AUGCUGAUGACUUCAUUCUCGAAUCACUUCGUUGGCGACUGCAUCAACCUCGACGAUAUUGCAAUUAAAUCACGUGCCACGACUGCAGCGUUAGUAAGCAUUCUUCCCGCCAGACAAGUCUCACGAGUGGAGUCAGUAGACAAUACCUGCCCUAAAGCUGGUGAUGUUGCCACUGCCGACUGUCAACCGUAUCUACUGUCGUACAACGGUGUCAUGUACGUUGCUCCACCAUCACUUUUAAAGGAUGUGCAUAUGGGUGUGGAUAGGACGAGCUGUUUUGGCAGUCUCGGUGUGAAUGGUUUUAGCGAAUACGAACUUAAUGCCACUGCGUUCUCAUUUAUGACAGCAUGUGGGGCUGAUAAUAUUCCAACUAAAAGAGUGAAAGCCAAUGUCCAGAAUGUUCAAGAAACGAAACUACCUGGGUUUUACAAUAAUACGAGCGUGAAUAGACCACUCGAUAGCAACUGUGACGUCGCCACGGAGUCGAUGGCACAGCAAAUUUAUAUCACAAUGGAGGAUGUAAAGUAUCAAAACGAUCAAAAGUCCACCCUCAUGAACACUGCAACCGAAACAAAAAAGUCAAAUGAUGACAUGGUUGGAGUGUCCCCUGCUGCGCUAACGGAUGACGCUCUACAGGCGAUGGUGGGCACUCAAGCGGAUACUCAAGCGGAUACUCAAGUAGCGAAUGAACUACUGACAGAGCUCCGAAUAUGA